UAUUUACAAGGUACUUGGAAAUUGUGUAGAUGAUAGUCAAUGACAUUCCCGCCGUUUCGAAUUUCGGUCGAUUAGUUCAACAAUUGAGGUAUGCAAACUACAAUCAUGGCAGACUAUGGAGAUAGAAAGAUUAAAGAUGCCCAGAUGAGAGCCAGUAUCAACCAGAAACUGGUGGAGACAGGAGAGAAAGAGAGACUGAAGGAGCUCCUGAGGAAUAAACUGAUAGAGUCAGGCUGGAGAGAUGAACUGAAAGCACACUGUAAAGAGGUUGUGAGGAGAAAAGGACUAGAGCAUGUGACCGUUGAUGAUUUGGUUGCUGAAAUAACGCCCAAAGGAAGAGAACUUGUACCCGACGAGGUGAAGAGAGAACUGCUGCAUCGGAUCCGAGCCUUUCUAGCCCAGCAAUCCAACAUCUGAUAAUCCUGCUGCUGCAGCGAGCCGGGUCCAUCAUGUGUGUGUCCAGCAACUCUCUUGAGGAGCGUGUCAAAGGUCGACUCGCUCACUGCGUGUUUCCAACUCCACCUUGAUCUCUGUUCUGUGUCGUCCCAAGUGAUUACCUCUAC